UCCAAGCAGUCUCAGACCCUGAGGCCUCAUCAUGUCCCCAGCACUCAUGGUCCUCCUCUGUUUUGGGCUGUGUCUGGUCAAGAAGAUGGAAUCAAAAACAGAGUUCCUCCCCAAGCCAAUGCUCUGUGCCUUGCCCAGAGCCAUAGUGAGCCCAGGGUGGAAUGUGACCUUGCAGUGCUGGCAUCCUGCCCAGUCUUCCCUCCAGGGGUUGAGGUUUGCUCUGAUGAAAGUGGGGACCACAGAGGCCUUACAGAGCCAGAGUCCCAAGGGGACCCACGCUGACUUCUUUCUGCCACAUGUGAGCACCAAGAACACCGGGAGUUACAGCUGCCUUUACUAUGAAGUGACUGCCCCCCACAGGACAUCGGAGCCUAGUGAGAGUCUGGACCUGUUGGUGACAGGCCACCUCCCCAAACCCUCUCUCUUGGCCAGACCCAGUCCCAUGGUGUCUCCAGGAGACAACGUGACCCUCUGGUGUUGGCGGCCUCCCCAGGCAGACCUCCAGGAAGUGAAAUUUACUUUGCUUAAGGCUGGGACCCUGAAGCCCUUACAACAUCAGAAUCCAGCAGAGAUCCAGGCUCCCUUCUCCCUCCUGUCUGUCAAAGCAGAGGAUGCUGGGAACUACACAUGCUUUUACUCUGAGAUAGAGCACCCUCACAUGAUGUCAGAGCCUAGCAGUGUCCUGGAGCUAUUGGUUACAGGUUCUCUUCCUAAGCCCUUGCUCUCAGUCCUUCCAGGUCCUGUGAUAGCCCCAGGAUUUCAUCUCACAUUCCAGUGCCAGCAACCACCCUGGUCUUCCCUCUGGGGACUGACAUUUGCACUGUUAAAGGCUGACAUCCCUGACCCCUUACAGCAACAAAGACCAGUGGGUACCCAGGCUUCCUUCCCUAUCCUGGUUGCGAGGACUCAGGAUUCAGGGAACUACAGCUGUGUUUAUUAUCAUUCGAGAACACUUCAGCACAAAGUGUCAGAACCCAGUGAUCCCCUGGAAAUCUGGGUAACAGAUUCAAGCGUCAAUUCACAGCAUACACAAGAGUCCUCAAUAGGAGGGUGUCCAAGGGCUGAGUAACUGUUCACAAAGGAAAUAUGUUUACUCCUGGAUGACCUGUUCUUGUGGAAGCCUUGAUUUGGACCAAUCCGGGGGCAGGAUCAAGGAGCCUACUAAGAGAAGGGUGAACUCUUGGAAAUAUUCUCAUGUCAGUACUAGCCUCAUUUCCUCUUCUCCCUCAGACUCUACCCAGUCGGUUUAUUUUGUGAUCAAUCUCUUUCGCAUCAGCCUGGUUGGAUUGGUCCUCCUUGUCAUCGGGAAACUUUUGGCCAGUGAGUGGAACAGCCUGAGGAGUCGAGGGUAAGCCAGAAAAUGUCUGCCUGGAGCAGUAAGGCUGGACAGACAGACAUCAAAGGAUUACAAGAACUUCAAACUAACCAGCAAGUGUUGAGGGAAAGAGAUCAGCCAACUGUGGGCAACAUAAGAAGACUUGGACCCAAAUCCAGCUAAUGUCCAGAGCUGACCAUCAGAAACCUUCUGUCCCUUCUCUUGGCCCAGUACCAGGCUUCCUGCUCUCCAGCCCUACUUCUCUUCAUGCUGUAUCACCAGGUCCUCUCCUCCCCAGAUUCCCUUUAUACACGUCAUAAAUAUAUAAAUAAUAAAUAAAGAGAAAAGACAAAAUGUAUUUCCCAAAUAGCAAAGCUUCCGAGAGUUAUGAAAUUCUGAAGAGUAGCAAAAAUUCUCAGCUCUGACCCACCCUGUAUGUUACAAAGCACUUUUUAAAACCAUUGCUAGGUGAUUUAAUGAGCUGAAUUCUGUGAUCCACAAAGACCUGAGUUCAAAACCUAUUCCAGUCAUUUACUAGCUGUGGGACCCUGGGUAAUUCAUUUAACCCUUUCUCAUACCCUUAGUCCCUCUAACUGUAAAAUGCAAAUAAUAACGGCACCAUCUUUAUAAGGAUGUUAGAAGUAGCAGAUAAGAUAUAUUCAUAUAUUUGACAGUACUUUGCAAAUCAGAUAGAUCUAGAUGUAGAUAUAUGCACUUGUACAUAUACAAAAGCAUAUAUCUAUAAACAAGUGUUAUAUAAGUUAUUUUUGUAUGUGUAUUUCUACACACACACACUUUAUAUAUGC